AUUCAAGGUAUAUAUAAGCACACCAACAAAGAAAGAAAAGCAUAUCCAAAAAUCCAAUCAUAAGCCUUUGCAAUUGCAACUAGUCCUCUCCAAAGUAGUUAAAAAAACACAUUUAGAGUUUUCAUCAUCAAGUUCUUGCCACUCUUCCCAUCUAGAGAGAAAAAAUAGAAGAGAGACAAGUAGAAAUAUAAGGCAAGGCACUAAAUUAGUGAAAGAAAAAAAAUGGCAGAAAGUUCAGUAUCAUUUUUAUUGGACAAGCUAUCUUGGUUACUUGAAGCAGAAGUAAAUCUACAAAGAGGGGUCCGUGAAGAUGUUGAAUACAUCAAAGAUAAACUUGAACACCACAAAGCCAUUUUGAUGGUAGCUGAUUCAUUGGAAAACAAAAACCAUGAACUCAAAGAAUGGGUUAAAAGUGUAAGAAAAAUUGCUGAAGACAUGGAAGAUGCUAUAGAUGAAUACGAUCUUCGCCUUGUUGAUCAUCAUCAACAAGGCAACAAUAUUUGUUAUUUUCAAGAGAUUUGUUUUUACUUUAAGACCAUGAUAGCUAGGCACAUAAUAGCUUCAAAUAUUAAAGGAAUCAAAUCCAAAGUUGAAGUCAUCUCGCACAGACGUCCAAACAUAUCUGGUGUAGGUUCAAGCUCAAGUAAAAGUCGUUCACCAAGGCUUGAUAGUCAAGGUGAUGCCCUUUUGCUAGAGGAAGCUGACUUAGUUGGAAUUGAAAAACCAAAGAAGCAGCUUUGUGAUUUGCUCUUCAACAAUGAAUCAAAAAGAGAAGUGAUUUCAAUCAAUGGUAUGGGAGGUUUAGGGAAAACAACAUUAGCAAAACAAGUCUAUGAUGAUCCAGAAGUCAAGAAACAUUUCAAGAUUCAUGCUUGGGUUAAUCUUUCUCAAUCUUCCAAGAUUGAAGAGUUACUGAAGGACCUUGUUCAACAGCUUCAUAUUCUCAUUGGAAAGCCAGUUCCAGAAGCAAUUGGAAUGAUGAAAAAUGACGAGCUAAAACGGUUGAUCAAGAAUUUGCUUCAGAGUAGGUAUCUAAUUGUGCUUGAUGAUGUGUGGUAUGUGACUCUAUGGAAUGCUGUAAAGCUUGCUUUGCCUAAUAACAACCUCGGAAGUAGAGUGAUUCUUACAACGCGCAAGACAAACAUAACAGAAUUGGGUAAGGAUUUUCACCUUGAAUUCUUACCUGAGAAAGAAGCUCAGGAUCUUUUUUUUAGGAAAACAUUUCAGGGUAACUCAUGUCCUCCUGAUCUUAAAGAAGUUUGUCUGGAGAUCUUACAAUUGUGUGGAGGGUUGCCACUAGCAAUUGUGGCAAUCAGUGGCGUUAUGGCUACAAGAAAGUUUGAAGAAGAGUGGAAGAUAGUUUGCAGAAGCAUUGGAUCUGAAAUUAGAGGCAAUGACAAAUUGGAGGAUAUGAAGAAAGUACUUUCCUUAAGUUUCAAUGAGUUGCCUUAUUAUCUUAAAUCAUGUUUGUUGUAUUUAAGUGUCUUUCCCGAAUUUCACCCUAUUGAGCAUAUGAGAUUGAUUCGAUUGUGGAUAGCUGAAGGGUUUGUAAAUGGUGAAGAUGGCAAGACACUGGAGGAAGUUGCAGAUAGUUACCUUAAGGAGCUUUUGAACAGAAGUUUUCUCCAAGUGGUAGAAAAAACAAGUGAUGGAAGGAUGAAGACUUGUCGCAUGCAUGACCUUCUAAGGGAAAUUGUUAAUUUGAAGUCGAUGGAUCAAAACUUUGCAACAAUAGCCAGAGAAGAUGAACAAGAUACAGAAUGGACGGAACAAGUUCGUCGUUUAUCAAUCAUAAAUUCAUUUCAUAAUGUACUUAAACAGAAUAAGACCAUAUUCAAACUUAGGUCUCUGCUAAUGUUUGCAUUAUCAGAUUCACUUAAUCAUUUUUCUAUCCGUGAACUAUGCUCCUCCACUGGUGUUAAUUUGCUCAGGGUGUUAGAUUUGCAGGAUGCACCUUUGGAGGAUUUUCCCGCUGAAAUUGUCGACCUUUACCUACUGAAGUAUCUAAGUUUGAAGAAUACAAAGGUGAAAAGCAUUCCAUGUUCCAUUAAGAAGUUGAAGUACCUGGAGACAUUGGAUCUUAAACACACUUAUGUCACUGAAUUGCCUGCUGAAAUUGUGGAACUGGAAAGAUUACGCCAUCUCCUCGUGUACCGUUAUGAUAUUGUAUCCUAUGCUCAUUUCCACGCAAAGCAUGGAUUCAAAGUGGCCGCACCUAUAGGAAACAUGCAAUCAUUGCAAAAGCUUUGUUAUAUAGAGGUAGAUCAAGGAAGUGGAGCAAUCAUGGUUGAGUUGGGAAAACUUACUCAACUUAGGAGACUAGGCAUUCAAAAACUGAGGAAAGAAGAUGGUCCCACUUUGUGUUCAUCUAUUGAGAAAAUGAUCCAUCUUAGAUCAGUGUCGAUAUCUACAAUAACAGAGGAUGAGAUACUCGAUAUUCAUGCCAUUAAGCCUCCUCGGUAUCUUAAGCAGUUAUACUUGAGCGGAUGUCUAGAGAAGUUUCCACAAUGGAUAAAAUCUUGCAAUAAUUUAGUCAGAGUUUUCUUAAAAUGGAGCAGGUUAAAGGAGGAUCCACUGGUGUAUCUUCAAGGUUUGCCAAAUCUUCGACAUCUUGAGUUUCUUCAAGUAUAUGUUGGGGAGACAUUGUGUUUCAAAGCAGCAGGUUUUCCGAGUCUAAAGGUGUUAGGCCUUGAUGAUUUAGAAGUACUGAAAUCUAUAACGAUUGAGAAAGGAGCAAUGCAAGGUCUUAAAAAGUUGAUCAUCCAACGCUGUGGUUCAUUCAAGAAUGUACCAUUAGGCAUUGAACACCUAACAAAGCUAAAAUCAAUCGAGUUCUUUGAUAUGCCUGAUGAAUUGCUUAUGAAACUACGUCCAAAUGUAGGCAGAGACUUUUGGAGAGUACAACAUGUUCCAACAGUUUAUACUAGUUAUCGGAGGGAUGGUGGUUGGGAUGUUUAUUCAUUAGAGACUUUUGGGGAGAGAGAGACUGAUUCCAAUCAUAGUAGUGCCAAGAGGAGUCUUGAGCUUCCUACUCUUUGGAAGGUUUAGCUUCUUUUUAUUUUUAUUUUUGUUGUUGAUGUUGAUUUAUUUAUUUAUUCUUUUAACACACUGCAUAUAUGCUUCCAGUGAUGGAAAUUUGUUGUUAAAUUUCAAUCAAAUAAAUAUCAGAGAGUAUAAUCUAUUUUCUGAACUCUUUGAGAUUACAGAAUAAAAAUGUAUGUUCAUGUUAUGGUUCU